AUGCAGAUCUUCGUUAAGACUUUAACAGGAAAGACCAUCACUCUUGAAGUUGAAGGUUCAGAUACCAUCGAAAACGUCAAGGCUAAGAUCCAAGACAAGGAAGGUAUCCCACCCGAUCAACAACGUCUUAUCUUUGCCGGUAAGCAACUCGAAGACGGUCGUACCCUCUCGGAUUACAACAUCCAAAAGGAAUCUACCCUCCAUCUCGUUCUCCGCCUUAGAGGUGGUAUCGAGCCAUCCCUCGUUCUUCUCGCCCGUAAAUACAAGUGCGACAAGAUGAUUUGCAGAAAGUGUUACGCCAGACUCCACCCACGUGCUGUCAACUGCCGUAAGAAGAAGUGUGGUCACUCCAACAACCUCAGACCAAAGAAGAAGUUAUUGAAUCAUCUUACUAAUGGUACAAAAUUCGAAUAUUAA